AUGAAGUACGGAGAAAACCUCGCGGCGCGAUCAGUGCCGCAAUGGGCACCCUAUAACAUAGAUUAUGAUACCCUCAAGCAUAUGAUAAAGGCGAACACUACGAGAAAUGCAGCCCAAGCCGUAGCCAUUCCAGGACACCUUGACGAUACUUUGCGGAGAUUCGAGAGUCAGUUCUUCGACGAGCUGUGCAAUCAACAUGAACGGGUCGAUCUUUUUGUCAGGAGCAAGGCCGAUGAGAUCCACCGCCGACUUGGUAGGGAUAUGGAUGUCUUAUCCCUAAGGAGUGCAUAUGGUGUUAACCGGAAGAUAGAAUUCGUCGAAAAAGCAACUCGCCGGCUGCUGGAUCGAUGUGCAAACGCCAAUGGCAGAUUUAUAUCCCAGAGGAAGCUUGAGAAAUUUGCAAAAUACGAAAAUCGAACCAUAAGGUGCGGGGAUGAUAUCCGAUUACUGGAACGUUUCGUGAAUGAACAACGGGUGGCAUUUUACAAGAUCUUGAAGAAAUACAAGAAAUGGACAGGAUCUAGGUCAGUAGGCGACCGCUUUAAUCAAGAGGUUCUCAACAACCCCAAGAGCUUUACAAAGAUGGAUUUCAGUCCCUUACACUCUCGAUACACUGAGAUCGUCAGCUUCCUCCGCACAUCUACUCCUGAAACUAGCGAACCUACCACUCCAAUGACAGCAUCGCGUCAAUCGAGUGCGGGACCAGCCCAACGUGCCACACCAGUAUUAAGUUACUGGAACGAAUACGACGACCCGAGUGAUGGAGAGAACGAGCCAUAUAUGAUCUCCGUUCGCCCAGAGCCAGAGACCCGUUUCCCCGGCGCAAACGCCCUCAGCUAUAUAAUCUCCCAAGCCAGGGGCCCAGUCGAGAAAAUCAAGGGGCUGUUGAGCCCAACCCAACAUCAUCCCUCCGAGCGACAGCCUCUAAUACAAGACCGACACUAUUUCCCCGAGCAGCAAAGCACACUAGAUACCACGGAUGCAGAAGACGACGCAUCAUCCUGCGACUUGCCCUCCAGCGGGUACAUCACUCACUAUGCCACCACCAUCCCCAGCCUGAGCGAUCAAAAGAACUCUAGGAACCGUGAAACGCUCCUCUUCCGCUCCUGCAUUGUCUGUUUUACGGCCGCUUUUAUGUUCCUCUUUGUGGCCGGCAUGCUCGCUGCUACAGGUCGUCGUCGUCUGCGCGCCGAGGUUGAUGCCGGUGUCAUUACCGGCGUGGUGGCCAGUCUGUUCUUUGGGAUAUUAGCCUUCGCAUGCAUGUUGCAUCGGGGGGAUAGGCUGGAUUGGCUACAUAGGAGUUGUGUUGUUGUGACUUUUACGACAGUUUGCGUGUUAGAUGGGAUAAUGUUGGUGUAUAUUACGGAAAACAUGAUCCCAUGA